AGUUCUAUGCAAACAACUAUGCCAUCUAGUUCUUGAAUUGCUGUCUUCUGGUACAAGGCCUGUUCGAUUUAUCUCCUUUAAAUAAGCAGCCACCUGCCAAUUCCACCAUCUUAAAGUGGCAUGGUAGCGUAAACUAAUUACAUUCUUUCACCAUGAGCAUAAUGAGCCACACACACACAUGCCACUAAUCACUUCACAUAGCUUUAAUCAUCAUUAUAAAUCCGUUACAGAGGGCCAACAUACCCCAUCUAAAGUUCUAAAACACAUGCAAAACAAGCACUUGCAUUGCUUUCAUCAUUACCAUAAUUUCUGUUUUAUCAUGUCUUAGCGUAUGUAUCUUCCAAACUUCCGUUCUCGUGAUUUCUCCUCACCCUUUCUUUUCUGCACCAUUACUUCUCUAAAGCAGGACGGUGUAAUCAUCAUCACACUCAGAAAUAUCACUUAAAGAAACCUUACAUUCCUUACCUCCCACGUCAAUCAUCAAUCUCUUCUUCACAUUAAAUGAAACACCCACAUCACUCCCUCUGUACUUUGCUACAAAGUAACAUACAAUCUUCAACAAACACCUAAGCCUUUUAAGUAUGAGUAUCAGAACUUUCUCCUUUUGGCUCUUUGCCUCUGCCAUUGCUCUAAUUUCCAUUAUAAUUUCGCUCUAUGCAAUCCUUCCUUCCUCUCUGACAACCACUCCCAUAGGUGUUCCCGAUAAUUUUCAGCUCUUCAUUCUCAGAAGGGUUUUCAAGCAAACUGGUUUAGAGGACGACCUAUCAAGGAUAUUGUCUAGACAUCACCACCACCACCACCACCACCACCACCACCACCACCGGAAGAAGCACAAAUGUGACAGGAAUUCAUGGAAGUCUAGGAUUAUAUACCGUUAUAGAAGGUUAAUAUACCAUUAUAAAGUGUCUUGUGUUCUGACAGUAGACAUGAAAGGUUGUGGAAAUUUUAGCAGUGUUCAGAAGGCAGUUGAUGUUGCCCCAGAUUUUAGCCCCUCCCCAACCCUCAUCAUAAUCGAUUCUGGUACCUACAGGGAGAAGGUGACAGUGCAUACUAACAAAACAAACAUAAUAUUUCAAGGUCAGAGUUAUCUCAACACUGCCAUAGAAUGGAAUGACACUGCAAAUUCUACUGGAGGAACUGUCUACAGUGCUUCAGUUGCCAUCUUUGCACUUAACUUCACAGCUUACAAUGUUAGCUUUAAGAAUGCAUCUCCUUCGCCAUCUCCAGGGGAAGUGGGAGGGCAGGCAGUAGCACUUAGAAUAGCAGGUGAUCAAGCUGCUUUUUAUGGGUGUGGAUUUUAUGGAGCUCAAGACACACUUCACGAUGAUCGUGGGAGGCAUUAUUUUAGAGAAUGCUUCAUCCAAGGAUCUAUUGAUUUCAUUUUUGGAAAUGCUAAAUCACUUUUUGAGGGCUGCAUCAUCAAUUCCAUAGCAAAACCUCCAACAGCAGGAGUUAGUGGAUCAAUUACAGCACAAGCAAGGCAAUCCAUGAGCGAGCAAACAGGGUUUUCCUUUGUGAGUUGUAGCAUUAAUGGAAGUGGGAAAGUAUGGCUUGGUAGAGCUUGGGGUGCAUAUGCCACUGUAGUAUUUUCUAAAACUUACAUGUCCAAUGUUAUAUCCCCAGAUGGUUGGAACGAUUGGAGAGACCCCUCUAGAGACCAGACAGUGUUCUUUGGAGAGUACGAGUGCUAUGGACCUGGAGCAAACUACGCAUUUAGAGUAGCUUAUGGGAAGCAACUAUCUGAAUAUGAAGCAUCUCCUUACAUGAACAUUUCAUACAUAGAUGGAAAUCAGUGGCUUCAUCUUCAAAACCCUAUAGCCAUCUUUCCUGAUGAUGACGAUGAUGGGCACCAAGAAUUUAUACACACUUUCUGAUUAAUAUAUAUGUCUAUGCACCACUUUCUGAUGCAUGUUAGAGAGAGAGAGAGAGAGAGAGAGAGAGAAGGGUCACUUUGGAUUAACAUAAAACUGAGAGAUAAGCCCCAUGUCCCUAUUGGAGACAUUUCCCCUACUGACCAUUUCACAAAGCUGCCCAUGGUUUCACAUUCUCAAUAUAUAAUUCUUAAUCAUAAACUAUCCUUUUAUUACAUUUUGGUCAUUUUGUUUUUAAAUAGGCGUUUUGGUUUAAUAAAUCCAAACCUUUGUAACAUUUAACGUUUUAAUCCAAAUCUUUCAAUUUUGGAUCAAUUGACCGAAUCUUGAAAAUUUGAUUAAAUUUUAUCUAAAAUUGAAAUUGGAAACGAGCGAAGUGUGUCAUUUACUGAUGUGGCAUCACAUGUAAUAUUUUUUAUUCUAAACAUGUGGAUCCCACAUUAUACAUCAUAUAUAAUUAAAAAAAAAAAAAACCCCUCUCUUAUCUCUCCUUCCACUCUCUUUUUCUCUUUUCUCUCUUUCUAGAAGAUGAAUUGCAUUCGUCCAUGUGUCUCAGCAACUUUUGCACAGAAUGCAAUUAACAUCUGAACAAUUCCCUUCAAGGGCUGUACAUCACAAGCAUGACACAAGAACAAAAGCCACUUCUGCUGAUUUCUAAAAUGUCGAUCUCGAUUUGCACUUUCUGAUAUAUAAAUGACACCAUUUGAAUUUUGAGUCUCUGAAGAGUUUGUAGGAGAAACAUUUUGAACAAUACUAGAACCUUCUGAAGUUAAAUUAUUUCAUUGAGCUUCAUCCUAACUAGAUAUUUUCUGAUGGAAAUCCUCUUAGAAAUGCUGUUCAAGUGAAAUGCUAGGGAUAACAGCUCUGUCCUGCAAAUGAGGAUGCCAUUGACCCUGCAAUAUUAUAUC